UAUAUAUAUAUAUAUAUACAUACACACCGCGAACAACAUACAGCAAUAUUCGCAACUAAUAAACAAGAAAGAGAAAGAGAGAUCAUCUAGAGAGAGAAAAAGAUCUAGAGAGAGAGAAUGGAGAUUACUAGACGUAAAUAUUCACCAGGUUAUCGAUUCAUCCCAAAGUAUGAAUAUCUAAAUAUCAGCAUUGAUUACUUGUUGAAGAAGUUCGGCAAUCAGCCGAUUCCCGUCGACGUUGACGAUACCGGAGUUGUCGAUUCUUACAAACGUAAUCCGUUAAUUAAUUCAGGUCGACAUUCUCCACUUGGACAUAGUAACGAAUGGUACUUUUCGGCAUUGAGGAAUAAAAAGAACCCGAAUCGAUCGAAGCUCGAUCGGAAGGCCAACAAUGGAUACUGGAGGGCUAUCAGAGCAGAUAAACCAAUUUAUAAUCGUAGGGAGAAAGGAUUACGGAAGUGAUUUCCGGUAUGUCUUCGAUCAUUAGGGUUUCUACAUAGGCGCACGCGCAUGGGAGCUUCUCGUAUAUACUCCUUUCGGAGCAUUGAUGUAAUAGUUUUCGAUAGGACUUUACUUUUGUCGUAUCCCCGAUUUUAAUUCCUUGACUUUAUUUUUUUGGAAUAAAAAUCUUUUUGGCCGAAAAAAAUAAUAAAGUUGAA